CUACAAUUAUUUUUAUUUUAAGGAGUGUAACAAAAAGUGCACAAUUUAAGCAAAAACAACAAAAUACGUAAAAAUGCCGAUAUACGAAGCAUCAACCGAGAAACUCACCGUAGUUUUGGACAUCGGAGCGGCAUUUACAAAAUUCGGCUUUAGCGGCGAAUUUUCCCCGAGAAGCAUUUUCAGAUCGGAAGUGUACUGCAAAAAGACGAAAAAAACACGCAGGAUAAUCGACUUUGAAACCCCAGAAGACCUAUAUGAUCUACUAGUGGAAUUCAUACACAAAGUAUACUUUAAAUAUGCUUUAUUAAGCCCCAAAGAUCGCCCUAUUAUUGUGGUCGAAAGUUUACUGUGUCCCACCCUAUUUCGGGAAACUUUGGCGAAAGUUUUGUUUGUACACUAUGAAGUUUCUACAAUGUUGGUUUUGCCAUCACAUUUGGUUGCUGCAUCCAGUUUACCUGCUGAAACUGCUCUUGUAGUGGAUAUAGGUUACAAGGAGGGUGUUGUCAUCCCAAUAUGUUAUGGAAUGCCAAUAGUUCAAGCUUGGCAAGCUUUACCAAUUGGCUCUGAAGCAAUCCAUAAUAACUUACGAAGUCUAUUGACUAGCAACAAUACAAACAUUCAGAAUGUCACAGAAAAAGUGAUUGAGGAUAUAAAGGUAAAAUGUUGUUUUGUCACAAAAAAAUAUCGUGCCGAACAAUUGGGGUCCUCUAAACCUGAAAUAACAGCAUGUCCUGAUGUUAAAUACCCUCUAGGUGGCUCUGACACAAUUAUAGUACCAGGAAAAUGCCGCGAGAGGACUUUUGAAGUCCUCUACGAAGAAGAUAAUGAUCAUUUAUGCUUGUCAACUAUGAUUCUUGAUGCUAUUUUAAAAGUAGACAUGGAUUUAAGACAACAAUUAGCUGAAAACAUGCUACUAAUUGGUGGCACAACCAUGAUACCUGGUUUUAAAUCAAGACUAAAGGAAGAGCUUGCAAAACAACUUGAGUUAGAUAGAUAUAAAACAUUGAAAAUACAGAAAUUUAAGUUUCAUACAUUGCCUUGCAAAGAAAACUAUGCUGCAUGGCUUGGAGCUGCUAUUUACGGUGCUACAGAAUUAAUUAAUAUGAAUGGGUUAUCCAGAGAAAAUUAUUUAAAAGAUAGUCAUCUACCUGAUUGGAUUGAUUUAAAAGAUACCAAUCGCUCAUUAUAAGUUUAAUUUUUUUAAAACCUUUAUUUAUUAACAAUUUUAUAAAAUGUAUAAAUAACCCAAUAAACUCUUUUUUAUUAAAUUGUCGAUUAUUUAUUUAUGAACAAAACUUUUUUU